CGUGAGGUUCUCUAUGUGGGAUGUGCGCGAUGGACACGAUAUUAGUCAUUGAAGGUUCAACGAUUUGAGCAUUGAAAACAUCACAAAGCAGAGUUGAUGAACAGGUAGGAAACUUGAUCCCCCUCCCCAACGGGUAAUACCAAGAACCCAUGGCUCCACAACAGAACGGCCCUUGAAAAUCCAUAUCACAUGCCAUUACUUGUCGAGGAAGAAAAGACAUGUGUUUGUUUCCUGACUUCGCAAAACAAAAGAUACCUACAGUCGCUGACGGCCAUCAAAACCUCGCAAGCCGAGUGUUCGACGUCGACCGACAGUAUGGACCACUAACAGGCAGCCCGAUGACUUGAUGAGAGGUUGCCAUCAAGACAUGCGAUAUCUCAAGAUGCUCCAGUUCAGGCACGCAAAGAAGUGUGAAAUCAUGGCCCGCAGCGUAGGAGAGAACUGUACCUUCGUCAGAUCUAGACCCGAGAGCAAGCACGGAUGGGAUAUGGAAAAUCGGAGUUUGACGUGAUCGACAGGGCGGUGGGAAGACAAAGCUGGCCGGACUUGAUGGGCCGAACUCCCCACUUGUCGCCGAUGCGGAGCCCCGUGCACCGGUACGCCAAGCCCCGCCUUCUGCCUGCCGACGGAGCCCUAAGAUUUUGACAGGCCUAGGCCACACAUUUUGGUCAAAAUUUUCCACCCAGCGUGUUGCGACCUCCACUUCACCACUUCCGUCCACCAAACCCUCAGAACCCAACAAAAGGCGCAGGAUAUCCAACCUCUUUGCGUCCUUCUUUCGACUUGUCCUUUGUCAACCCACAAGCACAUCUCCAUCCCGUCGACGCAAUGGCUCCCAUCACCAAGAAGUCUGCCAAGGGCAAGGGCCCCAAGGUCACCAAGAAGUUCGUUAUCAACGCUUCUCAGCCCGCCAGCGACAAGAUCUUCGACGUCUCUGCCUUCGAGAAGUUCCUCACCGAGAAGAUCAAGGUUGAGGGCCGCGUCGGCAACCUUGGCGACGCCAUCAAGAUCUCCCAGGUCGGUGAUGGCAAGAUUGAGAUCGUUGCCCACAACGAGCUCUCUGGCCGCUACCUCAAGUACCUGACCAAGAAGUUCCUCAAGAAGAUGCAGCUCCGUGACUGGCUCCGUGUCGUCUCCACCUCCCGCGGUGUUUACGAGCUCAAGUUCUUCAACGUCGUCAACGACGAGGCUGAGGAGGAUGAGGAGUAAAUUCGAUAACCCAAGGGAAAUUCUGGAGAUUUGAGGUUAUCUGGCAGGGAAUACCAUAUGAUGGACGGGUGUGCAUUGUGCUUAGCGGGAAACCGGGUUCAAUGAACACAUGUCAAGUCGCCUCCUUGUGAGGCAUGGCGUUCUGGCCAAGCCUAUUUUCGUCUCGCCCAUGCGCAUAUGACCAUGUGAACUCUGUAACAUUGCCGGUUAAUUGUGCACCAUCUAUAACGCCUCCGUUCUAGGAGUAUCAUACCCAAAUGCCAAAAGUAAAGAGACAACCGAACGCCUAUGCGCCGCCAUAACCUCUCGAGGUAUAUCACCACAACCCAAUGUCCGACCUCGGUAGCACUUCCGCUUACCCAGGCAACGACCUCAUGACGCCCUCAAACACCAACAGUGCCAUCGCAUUCGCCGGGAAUGCCCUUAAGAAGCAAGGCAAAAACCCGCGCCAGUAUCCCUUCGCACCAUUCUCCCUGUAAACCGCCACCGCGGCGUCCCUCCACCUCGGGAACCUCCUGACGCCAUCACCGAGCCCUCCUCCAAGAUUAUCCGUCAUGAACCGUUGCUUCACAACAUCGCUCGGGUAACUAGUCAGCCAAAACACUUGCGCGCUCAGCCCGCCCGCCCAGAAAUUGAUAGCCGGUGUGCUCAUCUGCGUGUACUGCUUCAUCCACCUGCUGAACACAUCAUACGUGCCCCACCAAAAGAAGAAGAAGCUGCGAAACAAUAUCGUCGCUCCCAAGCCGUGAUACACGCCCCUGAUACCGUGGUGCGUGUACACCUUUUUGAGGCAGUCAAUGGGGCCCUUAUACAUCCUCUCCUCCUUACGCGCCGCGUACUGGAUCUGCAGUCUGGCUUUCACGUGUUCCACGGGCGCUGCAAUGAAGCUGACCGUCAUGCCCGCCAGAAUACCCGCCAACCCGUGGCCAUGCGAAGGCAAGGGUUUGGCGGGGUCGUGCAAGGGGUGCCAGGGCGGGUUGAACAGGUUGUCGCGCAAAAGGCGGCGAUAGACAGUCAAAGAGCCGAGCAUAACACUGUCCAUGAACAUCCAGCCGACCAGUGGCGGGCUGGCGCCCUUGUAGAGACCCAGGAUACCUUCGUUGCGGAUGG